AUGGUCGCGAAGGAUUUAGAACACUCUUUCGGCAGUACCAGCCAAUCCAGCAGCGAUGAUGCGGAGGAGUUGCGCCAACCCGGUCUCCAAGGCGACUACGAUCGUGUGGUUCGUCGUGGUAGCGCGACUAAAGUGGACAUGCCAGAGAAUCCCCGUGAAUAUACGGUAUCUUCUACACCUAGCAUAGGUCGUCUGCUGUUCAGUACCGAUAAUCGUGUACUUAUGCACAAGAUAUCACCCUCCAACUUAUUCUGGUUACGUUUUUACAAGGUUGUGUUGAACUCUGGAGUAUUGCUUCUGGUUGUGGCGUACACUUUUUACAUCAUAGGUUUGUUUGAGCCUAUCCUUUACUUGGAUGCUGGUGAGUUCACUGACCCAGAUUUGUUUCAGCCUUUUUAUGAGACAUUACCACAUUCAUUGUUGACUUUGUACCGUCAGCAAUCUUAUUUUACGGUUGCGGUGGCUGGUCUGUUUUCAAUAACACUUCCAUUUGUGAAGAUGAUUGUAACUGUGAUUGCUUACGCCACUGCGGUUGCGCACCGUCGUAUACAGCUACUUUUAUUUUUUGGAGAGCAGCCUAUUGAGAGAUCGGGUGCGCUUAAGGAGGAUGACGGUUACAUCAAAUAUGCUCGGGAGAUGCUUAUAUUUUUGAAGCUUGUGUCUAAGUUCCAGAUGGUUGAUGUUGUUGUUUUGUUGCUGAAUGCAGUUUUUUUGCGUUGUGCGGUUUUAUGGGCGCGUCCGGGGAAGGGUUUGUUGUAUUUGAUAAUUUACUGUCUAUUUUCGAUUGCGGGGGCGCAAAUGAUUAACUUUGCGGUUGAGGGUGAGAAGGAGAUUUUCGAGACUUGGUAUGCGAUUAAGUAUGCUAUUUUGCCUGAGGAGAUUUCUGCCGAUUCCUCCAUUGCUACUCAACACCCUGACGGCGGCAGUGAUAAGGGUGGAGGUGUAACAGUUAACAAGCGUUGGUUUGUGUCUGAAGAUUUCAUUUGUUUGAUGGCAUGUUUAAACAUUUUAUCAUGUAUUUCGCUGAUGACCAACGAGAAAUUGAUGACCGUGUCGUUUACGAUGGACCUUAGAAAGAUUCUCGCCAUAGACGUGACCACCAUGUCAUACAAAGAGGUAUUGUCCAGCUUGCACGGAAUGGACUAUGGCGCGUUAUCUAUCUUCGUUUUAUUGUUCUUGUGUAUAUUGUUUCCUAUGAUUUUUUCUGUAUUGUUUUUAGCAUGUAUUUUCGGUUACAAUUACUGCAAGCAUAACAAAAACGGUUCUUUUAAAUCUGUUGAGAUAGCGGAAUCCGACGAUGAGGAGCCAUGUCUGGAGUAUGACUGGGAUGUUCGUUGGACUCGUUUUGUUUUUAACUUGUGUAACAUUGUAUCUGAGUGGUCUUGUGGUGAAGUGGUAUCUUUGGGUACUAUGGCGGCUGUCACUAGUAUGACCACCGCUGAUAGAGUUAAGGUUACGAUACCUCCAAUGAACACUUGUUCUGCUUUCUUUAUGAUGGCGACUUACGGUAUAUCUUCUUUUGUAUUGACCGCUGUUUUUUAUAUUUGGAAUCAGAAUGUGAAGUUUGAGUUCAACCACAUCCGGAUUUAUGUUAAGUAUUUGGAGAGUCCAAAUCGCAAUCACAUUGCGCGUAUACUUUCUAACAACAACUUCAAUGAGUACAUUCCUAUGGCUCCUUGUGGUUCUUUGGAUCUGGGUCGUCCUUAUGCGGUUGAUAAUGGAGUCCAGCGUCGGCACCUUUUGUUACCUUAUGUUGAAUUUGUGCGUCGUAUUCUAUACUCUAAAUGGUUAUCAAGUCUGUUCUUCGGGUCUCUCACAGCGGUGACUAUAUUGCUUGCCAUGUCGGCUUAUACGUUGUCUCAUCCAUCUCCUCAUUUACAUGUUAAAGAGAUGGAUCGUUUUUUACAUAAAGAGCUUUACGAGAUUUUUAAUUUGGCCAUGAAGCAGGUUCCUGAUAGUAUUGGUGACUGUGGUUACUUAGCUCAUCCUCCUGUUGUACCUUGUUCGGGUAAUGCCGCUCUUUUUUCUACACAGAACAAGGUUCAUUUCAGUUUGGUAUGGCUCAGUGGUCUAAAGUCGAUAUCCCUUGAGGAUGCUACGUACUCGUUGUCGAUUGAUCAUCGUAUGACUUUCAAGCUGCGAUUUCAUAUUAAAAAGCUUCGGGCCUAUGCACGUCUUGCUUCUGUGGAAGAUGACAAUUUGAAGAACAUGUUAGCUGGUGUGAUAGAGACUGAUGGUGACGGUUUCACUACUACUGUGCAGUUAUCUACCAAGUGCGUGAACCGUCGUCCACAGGUUCGUGAAUUACGUGUUGACCGUAUUACAUUGGAUGGUUUCCGUGCCUUAGGGAAGUUAUAUACAGUGUUAAGUUCGUUUGCUAAUGUGGAAGAGGUGAUUGCUGGUCGUUGCACUAAGGAGCUGAACCGUUUUUUGAGUGAUCCAACUCAAGUGGUCGUUUGGCGUGGAGUUUCUUUUGACCUUGCUGAGUUUGUGAAUUUGUUGAUCUCUCAGAAUUGGCCAACUAACUUUGUUUGUCCAUCUCCUGAGAGAUGA